AUGCUGGCCGCUUGUCAGCGUGAUGCAUGUGCUGUGUGCGAAGGCCUUCAGUGGAUCACAGUGGCCAGACGUCCUGUAACCCCCUCAGCAGACUCCUUAGCCAUGUCUCGUGCUCUCCUUGUUGCCCUGCUCUUUGCACCGGCGGCCGCAUACGUGGUGCCCAAUGCCGCCGGUGUCUCAUCGAGCGGUCGGCCUGCGCAGCCAGCUCCGCAGAUGCAGCUGGAGCAGCUGGAGAUGGAAGAGCCGGAGACCUCUGGAGUGUUCGGAGUCCUUGCUGCUGGCUUCGGCGUGGGUGCUAUCAUGGGAUGGCUGAACUCUAGAAAGCAGCAGGUCGCGGCCACCGCGGCCGCAGCCACAGUUGCCCUGGCCCCUGGUGCCGCCCAAGCGAUGGUGGACUAUGACGGUGUGAAGUACCUGGGUGGCACGGACAAGGUGGACAUCAACAAUGCCAACAUCCAGGCCUACCGACAAUUCCCUGGCAUGUUCCCUACCGUCGCUGGUCUGAUCGGAACCCAUGGCCCAUACCAGCAGGUUUCGGACAUUUACAACAUCCCGGGCAUGACCGAUCAGCUGAAGAACAUCGCCAAGAAGUACGAGGGCAACUUGGUCUGCUUGCCUGCCAGCCCCGCCUACUUCAUCGACCGCAUCAACAACGGCCUGUACCGCUGA